CGGAGCCGGCCGCCCCUGCGGACCGGACAGCGCGGCCGGCGGCCGGGACGGAGCCCCCAGCCCGCGAGGAGGGCGCGGCGCAGGCGGCGGCGGCGCGGCGGGGAGGAGCCCGGGCCGGAACCAGGGCUGGGCCGGGGGCGGGGACGCCGGGGUCCCGGAGCUCCGGAGCCGGAGCGAGCGAACGAGCGUCGCGGGAGGAUCGGGAAGGAGGAGCCCAGCCGGAGCGAGCGGAGCUACCCACAAAGUGCGAUGCCCCGGCGGAGCUAGGGCGCGCGGCGGCCGGCGCGGCGCGGCGCGGCGCGGAGGGAGGACGCCCGGGAGCGGCGCGGCGCUGGGCGGCGCGGAGGGGCAGCCCCAGCGGGCGGCGGCGGGCCCGGGCUGCGACCCGAGCGAGCCCCAUGCCCCGCGCGGGCUGACGGGCCGGAGCCCGCACGGAGCGGCCGGGCCGGACAGGUCCCGCUAGAGCGACAUGAUGGUGGAAUCCGCCUCGGAGACAAUCAGGUCGGCUCCGUCUGGGCAGAACGGCGUGGGCAGCCUCUCCGGGCAGGCCGAUGGCGGUGGCGGGGCCGGGGCUGCGGGCACAGCCGGAGGCGGCGCGGGUAGGGACGCGGCCACAGGCUCAGACAGCAACGGGGAGAUGAGCCCUGCGGAGCUUCUGCACUUCCAGCAGCAACAGGCUCUCCAGGUGGCCAGGCAGUUCCUGCUGCAGCAGGCCUCCGGCCUGAGCUCCCCAGGGAACAAUGACAGCAAGCAGUCGGCCUCUGCCGUGCAGGUGCCCGUGUCGGUGGCCAUGAUGUCGCCGCAGAUGCUUACCCCCCAACAGAUGCAGCAGAUCCUGUCGCCCCCACAACUGCAGGCCCUGCUCCAGCAGCAACAGGCACUCAUGCUCCAGCAGCUGCAGGAAUAUUACAAGAAGCAGCAAGAGCAGCUCCACCUGCAGCUCCUCACCCAACAGCAGGCUGGGAAGCAGCAACCCAAAGAGGCACUGGGGAACAAGCAGCUGGCCUUCCAGCAGCAGCUCCUGCAGAUGCAACAGCUGCAGCAGCAGCACCUGCUCAACCUGCAGAGACAGGGGCUGGUCAGCCUGCAGCCCAACCAAGCCUCGGGGCCCCUCCAGACCCUCCCGCAAGCAGCCGUGUGCCCAUCGGACCUACCCCAGCUGUGGAAGGGCGAGGGUGCCCCCGGGCAGCCCGCCGAGGACAGCGUCAAGCAGGAGGGGCUGGACCUCACCGGCACGGCCACCACCGCUACCUCGUUUGCCGCCCCCCCCAAAGUCUCACCCCCCCUCUCCCACCACACCCUGCCCAACGGACAGCCCACUGUGCUCACACCUCGGAGAGACAGCUCCUCCCACGAGGAGACGCCCGGCUCCCACCCCCUCUACGGACACGGAGAGUGCAAGUGGCCUGGCUGUGAGACCCUGUGUGAAGACCUGGGCCAGUUUAUCAAACACCUCAACACGGAGCACGCCCUGGACGACCGCAGCACGGCCCAGUGCCGUGUGCAAAUGCAGGUGGUGCAGCAGCUGGAGAUCCAGCUCGCCAAGGAGAGCGAGCGGCUGCAGGCCAUGAUGGCCCAUCUGCACAUGCGGCCCUCCGAGCCCAAGCCCUUCAGCCAGCCGCUGAACCGGGUCCCCGGCUCCUCCUCAUUCUCCAAGGUGACCGUCUCCGCAGCAGACUCGUUCCCAGAUGGUCUCGUGCACCCCCCCACCUCGGCCGCGGCCCCCGUCACCCCCCUACGGCCCCCUGGCCUCAGCUCUGCGUCCCUGCACAGCGGGGGCCCCACCCGCAGGAGGAGCAGCGACAAGUUCUGCUCCCCCAUCUCCUCAGAGCUGGCCCAGAAUCACGAGUUCUACAAGAACGCCGACGUCAGGCCACCCUUCACCUAUGCCUCCCUCAUCCGCCAGGCCAUUCUGGAAACCCCCGACAGGCAGCUGACCCUGAAUGAGAUCUAUAACUGGUUCACCAGGAUGUUCGCCUAUUUCCGGAGAAACACGGCCACCUGGAAGAACGCCGUGCGCCACAACCUCAGCCUGCACAAGUGCUUCGUGCGCGUGGAGAACGUCAAGGGUGCCGUGUGGACCGUGGACGAGCGGGAGUAUCAGAAGCGGAGACCGCCAAAGAUGACCGGGAGCCCCACCCUCGUGAAGAACAUGAUCUCGGGCCUCAGUUACGGAGCACUUAAUGCCAGCUACCAGGCUGCUCUGGCCGAGAGCAGCUUCCCUCUCCUCAACAGCCCUGGCAUACUGAACCCCAGCUCAGCCAGCAGCCUCCUGCCCCUCAGCCAUGACGACGUGGGCGCCCCCGUGGAGCCGCUGCCCAGCAACGGCAGCAGCAGCCCCCCUCGCCUCUCCCCACCCCAGUACAGCCACCAGGUGCAGGUCAAAGAGGAGCCUGCGGAGGCGGAGGAAGACAGGCGGCCCGGUCCCCCACUGGGGCCCCCCAACCCCAGCACCUCGGGGCCUCCGGAAGACAGGGACCUGGAGGAAGAGCUGCCACCGGGAGAGGAACUGUCCUAAGGGCCUCCAGGGGCAGGCAGGGCAGGGGUGAGACCCCUCCCUUCCGGAACCCAGGCCCCACCCACCCCCAGUCCACAGCCCCGCCCAAACCUCAAGGCACUUCCAGGACUCAGAUGGGGGGCUGGGCCAGCAGCACCGCUGUGACCUGAGUGACAGACGCUCGGGGGGCAGGGACUGCCCCGCUCCCGAGGGGACACAGAACCCCUGGUCUGGGACCAGCAGAGGACACGGAGGGCCCAGACCCCUCCUCAGACCCUCCCCUAUAUCUGAAUACCGCCUCCCCGCAACCACCAGCAGCAGCAGGGCCCUCCUCCCCCACCAGCUGUCCCCUACGAGGCCCCUCAGCGCCAUGGAGACCCGCAGGCGGGGCUAAGCCACCCCUCUCAGACCCAGGGCCCCUCGCACCUGGCUCCUGGCUCCGGCAGUGAUUUCUGGCCAGAGGCCCACCCCCCCCACCGCUUCCCUCGUUCGUGCUCCCGCCGUCUUCUCCGUACUGUGAAGAAAUAGCUCUCCACCCCGCCCGGGCCGGGAUGGGGCAACUGAGGUUUCAGACCGGCCCUGGGAGAAGCCAGCCCCCUCGGCUGUGCCCCUUCAAAAAGCCACAGCUGGGGCGGGACAAGUCCCUUGACGGGGUCCCUGCCAGGCUCCAGCCCCUCCCCCCGACCUGAGCCAGACCCAGGCUGACCUGGGCCCUCAGCCCGUGUGCUGGGUGCUACUCCGCGGCGCCCACACCAGGGAGCCCAGGAAGAGGCCCGGCGCGGCCGCCUCCCUAUGGACGGCUGUGCCAGGUGGACUCUGGACGUGGAGCCGCUGAUGGGAGCCCAGGUGCCCUUGAGGCUGGGGUUGGGGCCAGAGGUGGCACCGGCUGGGGGAAGCACCCUGCCUCUGUCACCCGGAAAAGCCAGACUAAAAGGAGGCUGAGGGGCAGGUGGGAUUAAUACCGUGGCUGCUGUGACCUAACGGUCACCCUGCCCCCAGCCUACAGGUCCCCCAUUGCAGUCUUCCCUCACCCUCGCUCAGCACCCCUGUCCCCAGUUAAACGGAUGA